AUGCGGCCAUUGACGCGGCUUGUCGCCUUGCGGCCGCUUGCCAGCUCAGGCACAUCGUCCUUCAACGCGCGAUGGCUUUCGCAGACGACCGCGAGACGAGAAGGACGAUCCAGCACGGAAUCGAUGUUACAGAGCAUCUACGGCGGCGGCGCUCCCGCUGCACAAACACAAGACGCUCUUGGCAACCUGUCCAAAAGCAUGGUGUUUGAUUCAUUCAACAAGCGAUCGGUCGACACGGGUGUAUUGAUGGGCAAACCGCAACCCGUCAAGGAGGACAGCUUCGAGCCUUAUCACCUGCAUAUUUUUGCACACAAGCACAACACACACGUCACCUUUACGCUACCCAACAAGAAUGCAGUUCUGUCGCUAUCAUGCGGCAAUGUGGGCUUCAAGAAGUGCCGCCGUGGCACCUUUGACGCGGCCUACUCGCUGGCCAAGUACGCCCUGGAGCGAUUGGUUUACAUGGGGUACACGACCAAGAUCAACCGAGUCGAGCUGUCUCUCCGCGGGUUUGGCCAGGGCCGUGAUGCCACAAUCAAGGCGCUGAUGAGUCCGGAGGGUGCCUUUUUGCGCGACAAAAUUGUGCGUGUAACGGACGCAACGCGCGUCAAGUAUGCCGGUACCCGUAGCCCUACCAAGAGGCGUCUAUAG